CGCUGUUCCCGCCUGCCAGUUGUUUGACUCGCGUGCUGCCGACGCGAUGGUGGCCAACUUCUGUGAACGACUUUUUACAGCACAAUUCCAUCAUGCCGGCUUUGCAGUGAAGAACUUGCGAGACUUUCAGCUGACGGCAGGCCGCCGAUGGGCGUCCCACCAGCCGCCCGGGCCGGUGCCGCCGCCAGCACGCGCCGGGUCCCGGCUGCAAUACCUGGCCUCCCUGGACGUCCGCACACCGCCGACCAUCGUCCGCAGGACGGGCAUCGUCUGCACUAUCGGUCCUGCCUGCGACUCGCUGGAGGCAAUGUCGGCUCUGACCUCGGCCGGUAUGACGGUGGCGCGGCUGAAUAUGUCACACGGCUCCCGCGCUGAGCACUCUGAGAGGGUGCGCCGGCUGCGGAGAGCCUGCGCGCUCUGUCCUGAUUCACCACCGCUGGCGGUGGCCCUGGACACCAGGGGUCCUGAGCUGCGCACCGGGACGCUGCACAACCAGGACGGCAGCGGCUCGGUGAGGCUGGUGGCGGGCUCAUCUGUGCGUCUCACCUCGGACCCUCACUACCGACACCGCUCCUGCGCCCGUCACCUUUACGUCGACUACAGCGGGCUGGCCGGCUGCGUGCGGCCCGGCGACCCGAUUCACCUGGACGACGGACUGAUCUCGCUCCGCGUCUCUGCAGUUGACGGCGACUCAGUACUCUGCGCCGUGGAGACCGGCGGUGAGCUCGGGUCCAGGAAGAGCGUCUGUGUGCCGGGCGCGGCGCUCUCCCUGCCGGCGGUAACCGAACAGGACCGGGAGGAUCUGCGGCUGGCCGCCGCCCUACCCGUCGACCUCGUGUUCGCCUCCUUCGUCCGCGACAGGGACGGCGUGCGGCAGCUGCGCAGAGCAUUGGGCGAGGACGGUCGGCAUAUUAAGAUAAUCUCCAAGAUUGAGAGUCUGGAGGGCCUGUUGAACAUCGACUCCAUCAUCGCCGAGUCGGACGGAGUCAUGGUGGCCAGAGGCGACAUGGGUGUCGAGCUACCCCCGGAAAAAGUGUUCAUCGCGCAAAAAUCCAUCAUCGCCAAGUGCAAUAUGGCCGGCAAGCCUGCCAUCUGCGCCACCCAGAUGAUGGAGACCAUGGUCACCCGACCGCGGCCCACCAGAGCAGAGCUGGCCGACGUCGCUAACGCAGUACUCGACGGCGCAGACUGCGUGAUGCUGUCCGCAGAGACGGCCAGUGGCGCCUUCCCGCUGGAGACUGUUCGUCUCAUGGACAAAACGUGCCGCCAAGCCGAGGCGGUGCUAGACUUUGAAGAAACGCUCGCAGAUAUUCGCUCCCAGGUGUGCGCGUCCGACCCUGAACUGGCGCGAGCUGCCGAGGUGGUGCGGCACGCUCGGGAGGCCGGGGCGGCGGCGAUUCUGGUGCCGCCGGGGGAGGAGGAUACGGCACUCCAGCUGGCCAGGUUCCGACAGCCGUGUCCUGUCAUCAUGAUGACGUCAUCGGAACAGACUGCCAGACAGAGUCGGCUUCAAAGUGGCGUCGUACCUUUUGUCCUUCAAGAUGUGCCUGCCACAGGACAGUCCUGGAUUUCAGAUAAUGACACACAUCGUGAUGUCAUCCAGCGGGCCACCGACCGGGUCAGGUCACUGGGACUGGUGAGGUCCGGCGACACGAUAGCGCUGACCACGACUCCGGACGGUCACCUUCAGCUACAACUGAUCACCGUGUGAUGCGUCGGGCUGUAAUGUGUACUUAUUGCUCAUGAUAGUCAUCACUCAUGAUUGUAUAUGGAAAUGUUUAUUGGACGUAUUGCAAGAAUGCCGGAAACCUAGUGUUUGGUGCGUAAUGUGUGCCGACGAUUGAACAAUAACUGGAAAUGAAGACUCAAAGCAAUUAUCUAUAGGCCAAGAACAUUAUGGAAAUAUGCCCAGAUAGGUCCCGCGAAUCAUGGAGCUUCCAUUGAUACAAUAUCAAUGUAUGUUAUAAAUAGGCAAAUAUAUCACGAGGAAGCAUUGCAAUAAAUGCUGGAACAGAGUACACCGCUCUGGGGCCCGAUCUUUGUUUAUCGUCACUGCGCUCGAAGCCCGUCACCACAUUGAAAGUCAGGAUGUAUCACGUUUUCCGCUAAGCGCAUCCUUGGUUAUCCACAGCAUCCAUCGUCGGAUAGGCCUCCCAGCAUGUGCCUAAAAUGAUAACGAAAUGUUUGUCUCGUGUAUGGAGAUGGCCGGCCGCUUCCCGCUCCACCACCCAUAACCGGCAGCUGAAUCAUAAUGUGCUUUUCUAGUUUGCGGGAGCAUCCAUAACGGCAGCUCGCAUAUUUAGGUGCAUAAUGCAGCCUCCACUAAGUAGUUUCCCAGUGUGAGU